AUGAAAUUUGGAAAAAAAUUAAGGUUUGAAUGUGUAUCAGAAUGGCAUAAUAAAUAUAUUUCAUAUGGUAAAUUGAAAAAAUACCUAAGAUACCUUUACAGAUCAGAUUUAAAACAAAUUGGUGAAGCAGAAGAAGCUCAUUUAUUAAUAAAUGGUUUUCCUUCACUUAGUGAUAGUCAAGAACAAUUUAAACAAUUAUCAAAUUCCUCUUCACCAAUCUUUAAUGAUGGUUCAUGUUUAGAAAAUUCUUUAGAUUCUAGUAUUGGUUCAAAUAUUAUACAAGAGCAAUCACAACAUCAACAACAAGCACAACAACAACCACCACAACAAGCACAACAACAACCACCACAACAAGCACAGCAACAAGCACAGCAACAAGCACCACAAGCACAACAACAAGCACAACAACAAGCACAACAACCAGAACAACAACAACAACAAGAUUUAAAAGAAUCAUUUAAUGAUAUAACAGGAUAUAGUAUUGAUCAAUAUGAAGAUACAUCAAAUCUUGAUGAAAAGACACCAUUAAUUUCAAUAUUAGAUCAAAGUAGACCAACAACAACAACUACAACAACAACUACAACAAUGAAUACAUCAGCAGGAUCAGGUAUAUUUAAAAAUAAAAAACCAAAACAAAUACCAACAAUAUCAAUACCAGUAUUUUCACAAUCAGAAAGAGAAAGAUUAUUUUUAAGUAAAAUUGAUGAAGAAUUAAGAAAGAUUAAUGAGUUUUUUAGUAAUAAAGAAAAGGAUAUAAUAUUACAUUAUAAUAAAUUGACAGAACAUUGUUCGUUGAUAUUAAAAGAUCGUAAUCCAAGUCCAAAGGUAUUGAAAAACAUUCAAAAAGCAUUUGGUGAACUUUAUAAGGGUUUGACAAUGUUGGAGAAUUAUGUCAAUUUAAAUUACCAAGGCUUUGAAAAGAUUUUAAAGAAAUACGAUCGUUUAGCACCAAUGAAUUCAUCGAUUAAGUUAGACCAAAUGGAGCGUAUAAAAUUGGAGAAAUUCCAUUCCUCAAAAUCAUGGAGAAAUAUGAAAGAGGAUGUAGAGUUAUUGUAUUGUAAGAUAUUUAAAUUGGAUAAGAUAUCGAUUGCCAAGAAAAAGUUAGCACCAUUUUCAGAGUCGCAAUCGGCCGAUUACCACAUGCUAAAACUUGGCUUUGCCAUUGGUUUGUCAAUAGGAAUACUCGCGUUUGUAAUCAUAUUGUUCACUAAUAAAUCAUUGAACCAACAUCCAGAUUGGACGAGAUUCGUCAGUACGAUACCGAUUUUCAGGGCUGUUGGCAUACCGAUUUUGGCUGUUUGGCUAUGGGGUGUAAACGUAUACAUAUGGGAUAACGCUAGGGUGAAUUACAUUCUCAUAUUUGGGUUGGAUCCUAGGACUUCGAUUGAUCAUCGUAGAAUUUGGAAGACUGCAAGUUUUUUAACGGCGAUUUGGUUGACGAUGUUCUUGUUGUUUUGUGGUACAGUCACGGGUAAUUUUGCAUUGGGUGAUGUACCCGCUCAGGUUUAUCCAUUGGUAUUGGUGAUUUUCUUUUUGUCAGUGGUUUUCUUUCCUUUUCGUUUCUUUCAUAGAAAAUCAAGAACACUUUUAUUCAUCACACUUGGUAAUGUCAUCAUUACGCCCUUUGGUAGUACGAAAUUUAGAGCUUUGUUUUUAGGUGAUCUAUUAACUUCAAUGGUUAAAACUAUAUUUGAUUUCGAAUAUACCGCUUGUUAUUUCUUUACAGGUGAUUGGAUGAUUAAUGAUAGUACACGAUGCAAUCAAGUCAAUUCAAUUGCUUUGCCAAUUCUAUCGGGGUUGCCAUUACUUUGGCGUUUUAUGCAAUGCAUUCUACGUUAUCGUGAGACCAAUAAUAAGAUUCAUUUAGGUAAUUCAACAAAGUAUGCAGUUGGUUUUUCAGUGGUUUUAUUCAGUGCUUUGAAUGGCAAUUAUCAAGCGUAUGAACCCUGGAGUGCCUCAAGAAUAUUAUGGUGUGUUUGUUUCGUACUCUCUACACUCUAUAUGUAUUGUUGGGAUGUUGUGGUGGAUUGGGGUUUCAUGUGGCUAGGAAAACCAAGACCUUUGUUAAGACAUCAACUUAUGUAUAAACGUCAUAUGUGGAGUUAUUACUAUGUACUCUUUAGUAAUUUAAUACUUAGAUUCGCAUGGACUUUAACUAUCACUAGAAUACCAUUCGAAUUACCAAUCAACAGUGAACUUUUUAAUACAAUCACUGCCUCUAUAGAAUUGGUUCGUCGUUUCACUUGGAGUAUAUUUAGGGUUGAAAAUGAACAUAUAUGUAAUUCAAUUCAAUAUCAUGCUUUUGAUUUUAGUGAAGCACCUUGGAAAAAUGAAGUACCAAAAGUUGAAUCACCAAAAUCAUUAUUACCAUUAUCUUCAUCUUAUCCAUAUCGUCAAGAUAAUUUUAAUAAUAAUAAUAAUAAUAAUAAUAAUAAUAAUAAUAAUAAUAAUAAUAAUAAUAAUAAUAAUAAUAAUAAUAAUAAUAAUAAUAAUAAUAAUAAUAAUAAUAAUAAUAAUAAUAAUAAUAAUAACAAUAAUACCAAUAAUAAUAUUAAUAAUAUUAAUAAUAUUAAUAAUAAUAAUAAUAAUAGUCCAUCAGGUUCAAAUAGUUCAAUUAAUAAUAGUUUCCAUUUAGGUAGUAGUAGUUAUUCUUAUGAUAAUCAAUAUUCAAUUUGGAAGAAAUCUUCAAAACAAUAUUAUUCAACUAGUUUAAUUGAUUCAAUUAAAAAGAAAUUCUUUAAUAAUAAUAAUAGUAAUAAUAAUAAAAAAUAA